UUGCCUUCCCCACUAAGGUUAGUGGCUAAAUAUGCUACCCUGAGAGAUAAAUAAAAUAAAAAAUAAUAUUUUUUUGGGUCACACCUAUAUAAAAACCUGCCCAUCUCUACAAUAUCGUCCGUCUUCUCUUUUUCUCUCUCUAGAGAAGAAAAUUCUCUCUCCGCGCAAGUACAGAAAUCCAUCAGUUCAUACUUUAUCCAUCAAGAGAAAAAUUCCUUUGUAGAUCAUGAGUUAUUACAAUCAGAAUCAACCCCCAGUCGGUGUACCUCCGCCUCAAGGUUACCCGCCGGAGGGCUACCCUAAGGAUGCAUAUCCGCCGGCGGGAUACCCGCCGCAGGGGUACCCGCAGGCGCAGGGAUACCCACCCCAGGGAUAUCCGCCGCAGUACGCCCCCCAGUACGGCCAGCCGCCGCAGCACCAGCAGCAACAGCAAUCCGGUAGUCCAGGAUUCAUGGAAGGAUGUUUGGCUGCUCUCUGCUGCUGUUGUCUCCUUGAUGCAUGCUUCUGAUGAGUGAUGAAGAAAUUGUGAAAGGGAUUUGCUUCGAAAAGGGGAAAGAAUUGAAGGCCCUCUGAUUUUGGCUUUAUUGAUUCUUAUACCAAAACCCUCGUCAUUAUCUACAUCUUUGUUUUUUUUCCUCUCUUUAAUAAUUUCUGGACUUAACUUGGAUUUGUGAGUAAUGAAUUUUUUAUCCGUUGGUGUAAAUUCCAAUUAAUGGAGAAUUGUCAUUUUGUUCUAGGCGUA